AUGCCCAGAAUUGGAGGUCUUUCUGGAUUUUCCUGUUUUAACAAAUUUAGCUCGCGAGGCACCACCAAUUCCAGGAUUUCGCAGGCAAAAAGGAGCCUAUUAGUUUGUGAGUCCAAGAGUUCUAACAAUAUUUCAUUUUGCUUGCGCACCCGUGCUACUCAAGGAAAAACAUCCCAGGUCCCAAAGAGCUUCCUCGUACAGAUUCUUGGUGAGCAGCGUGUCACCAAGUUUGUGAUACAAGAAAUUAUCAACUCAACCAUGUCUGAUUUUGUAAAGAAGGAAAAUCUGAAUGUGAAGGACCAGAAAAUCAACACAAUCCAGACUGCAGAGGAACUUAAGUCCUUGUUUACUCCUGGAAAAGAUUUCGGAUUUAAUGCCACAAUCGAACUUGAAAAUUCAGAAAUUGAGACAUCAAGUUGAAUCUACUAAAUGUGAAGUGAUGAUAUUAUUCUCCUUUAACAAACAUUCAAUUCUUUCCAUUGCUCUUUCAA